CAACAGCUCAAGCUGACACGCUCCUACACCCUCCCCUCACCACUUCCGCCGCUGCCCCCUCCUCCUCGGCACCACCGUCACCAUGUUGUCCAGGACCAUCAGGCGGAGCAUUGCGUCGCCGCUCCGGCGCAAUGCCUUCGUCCCUGCCGCCGCGCGACCUGCCUUCAGGACCGUCACCACCGACGCCGCUUCAGCGCACGCCGAGGCCGUGCCAACGGAGGAUGACAAGCCCUUCGAGGUCCGCCUCUCCGACGAGAGCUUCGAGACGUACGAGCUCGACCCGCCGGCCUACACCCUCGACACCACAAAGGCCGAGCUGAAGCAGAUGUACUACGACAUGGUCGCCAUGCGACGCAUGGAGAUGGCCGCCGACAGGCUCUACAAGGAGAAGAAGAUCCGCGGUUUCUGCCAUCUGUCCACCGGUCAGGAGGCCGUCGCCGUCGGUAUCGAGCACGCGAUCGAGCGCGCCGACCACCUCAUCACCGCCUACCGCUGCCACGGCUUCGCCAUGAUGCGCGGCGGAACCAUCAAGUCCAUCAUUGGUGAACUGCUUGGCCGGAGAGAGGGUAUCGCCUACGGAAAGGGUGGAUCUAUGCACAUGUUCGCCCCCGGGUUCUACGGUGGUAACGGUAUCGUCGGUGCCCAGGUUCCCGUCGGUGCCGGUAUCGCUUUCGCCAACGCCUACGAGAACAAGAAGAACGUGACACUUGCUCUGUACGGAGACGGUGCUUCCAACCAGGGUCAGGUCUUCGAGGCCUACAACAUGGCCAAGCUGUGGAACCUCCCCAUUAUCUUCGCUUGCGAGAACAACAAGUACGGUAUGGGUACCGCUGCCAACCGCUCUUCGGCCAUCACCGAUUACUACAAGCGUGGUCAGUACAUCCCGGGUCUCAAGAUCAACGGCAUGGACGUCCUCGCUGUCAAGGCCGCUACCCAGUUCGGUAAGGAAUGGUGCGCCGCCGGAAAGGGACCCCUCGUCUACGAGUUCGUUACCUACCGGUACGGAGGUCACUCCAUGUCCGACCCCGGAACCACCUACCGCACCCGUGAAGAAAUCCAGCGUAUGCGCAGCACCCAGGACCCCAUUGCCGGACUCAAGCAGAAGCUCCUCGACUGGAGCGUCGUUACCGAGGAGGAGCUCAAGAGCAUCGAUAAGAAGGCCCGCGCCAACGUCGACGCCGAAGUCGCCGAAGCCGAGAAGAUGGCCCCUCCCGAGGCCAUCCCCAAGGUCCUGUUCGAAGACAUCUACGUCCGCGGCUCCGAGCCCGAGUUCCUGCGUGGCAGAAUCCCGGAAGAGAACUUCUACUACGCUGAGGCGGAUCUGGGCAAAGAGAAGGACUCUCCUGCCCGGACUUAGAAUGCUUGAGGCAUUGAAGGCGAACGGGGUGUGGUGGAGAAUUAGUGAGCUUGUAAUAUAUCACCUUGUGCGGGGGCAAGCACUUGGGCAUUGUGGAUAUUAGCAGCGGACGUGUGGUGAUUCUUGGUCGUAUUAACCAUGUUUUGGGACAGCGGGGAAUAGAGUCUUUUCUGGAUUGCAUUGGAUCUGUGGUCCCUGUGCUGUGCUACUCCUUGUGAAUUGAAACACUGUCUUCCCGAGCGUACUGGGUAUUCGUACG